GUAUUGAAAUAUAUGGACGUGGAUGAUUGACAAUCACGCCCGUAUGUAGUCUUUCACACAAAUCACUAGUUCAUCCUCGCAAUGUGUGAUAUCAUCGCGUAUCUCAACUGUAACGCGACAGAAAUGCACAAGCGCUGAUCACGCGCGUCUACUCGAAGAAAGCGUUGCGGGACUACCUUAAAACAAAAGCGCGAUGGACAUCAAAGGCGUUUAAAGCUCUCGCUUCAGUUCCAGUGAGUGUAUCGCUGGAUAACAUGCAGACGGCAGUGACGCAGGGGCUGCGUUGUUGGACAAGAUACUCGGUGCAUGCUGACUGCUGAGCACAGAUAAACCUGCUGUUGCUGCUUUUCGACCAAAACGUCGAAGGACAGGAGCCAUUUGUCUGUUGUUGAGAUCACCGCAGAUUUUUGCUGGAACUAUGGUUUAGGCUGACAGCGGCCACAGAUCUGCAUGAACACUAUGGCUGCAGUGGUGAAUUAUUCUCCGCCGUGGUGGGUUAACCUUUUUCAUCGCCUUCCACACUUCAACCUACAGUUUCAGCUGACCAGCAGCGAUUUCCGCCCGGAGGACUCGGAAUAUCAAAAGUCUGUGUUGUUGCUAGGUGCAACAGCAUUGGUGUGUUUGGCACUGGACCUCCUGUUCCUCCUUUUCUACUCCUUUUGGCUGUGCUGCCGUCGUAGGAAGAACCAGGACUCUCCCAAUGCGGACUGCUGCUGCACCGCUUGGUGUGUGAUCAUCGCCACGCUCGUGUGCAGUGCUGGCAUUGCAGUCGGUUUCUAUGGAAACGGCGAAACGUGCGAUGGCGUGACACGACUGACAUAUUCCUUGCGCCAUGCAAACCAAACAGUGGCAGGCAUCGACAAACUGGUAUCAGAGAGCACCAGCAGUCUGAAUGAAACCCUGCAGGAGGGUUUGGUGCAGCUGGAGACUGUGUACUCCAAGCAGACAGACUACCUGUCCAUCGUCCAGAAACUGCAGGGUCAGCUGGACGAGCUGAUCAAGUUCAUGGUGGAUGUGCCUUUCUGGAGCAGUACAGAUCUCUCUUUGGAUCACCUGGCAUCCAUCACUGAGCAGUUUGACUGGUACAGGUGGUUGGGUUAUCUGGGCCUGCUGCUCUUUGAUGUUGUUAUCUGCCUGCUCGUUUUGGUUGGUCUCAUACGCAACUCUAGAAGCAUCUUAAUCAGUGUUUGUUUGCUAGGUGUGCUGACACUGGUGAUCAGCUGGGCUUCACUUGGGCUGGAGUUUUCUGUUGCUGUGACUGCCAGUGAUUUUUGUGUUGCCCCUGACUCUUACAUCACCAAAGUGACACGUGAGAACGCCGUUAUCAACCAAGAUAUCCUGCAGUAUUAUCUGAAGUGCAGCAUGGGACAGACCAACCCAUUUCAGCAGAAACUCUCUGGGAGCCAUAAAGCUCUUGUGGAGAUGCAGGAUGAUGUUUCUGAGCUCUUACGUUCAGCUAUCAGAGAAUUCCCCAAGACAAAGAGUAACCUGGAGGAGAUGCAGGCGGUGUUAAACUCCACUGAAGUCAGCCUCCACCACCUCACUGCCCUGGUCGAUUGCCGGAGCCUGCACAUGGAUUAUGUACAGGCUCUGACUGGACUGUGUUACGAUGGAGUCGAGGGGCUGAUUUAUCUGGUCCUUUUCUCAUUCGUCACUGCGCUAAUGUUUAGCUCCAUCGUUUGCAGUGUGCCUCACACCUGGCAGAGCAAGAGGUCUGAGGAGGAGGAUGGCGAUGAGACUUCGGCCACACUCGGCCCGCGAGCGCCGCACGAUAACCUGUACCGCGUGCACAUGCCUAGCCUGUACAGCUGUGGCAGCAGCACCUACGGCAGCGAGGCUAGUCUCCCCGCUGCGGCACACACUGUCAGCAACGCACCAGUCACUGAGUACAUGAGCCAGAAUGCUAACUUUCAGACCCCUCGGUGCGAGAACACGCCACUCAUUGGCAGAGAAUCCCCCCCGCCGUCAUACACCUCAAGCAUGAGGGCCAAAUAUCUGGCAACCAGCCGUCCAGACCAGUCCAGGCCAACAGAAUCCCAGAAUGGUCUGGAGCCCAACAUGCGACCAGACCUGACCAGCCGCUCAGCUCCCAAUAGCCGACCAAAUUCAGCUAUCCACCGACCCCACUCCGCCAUCCAUUAACCAUCCUCGAAUGCGUAACCAAUAGUCAUCUACCUGUCAAGUCCACCACUACAAAGUUUGUCUCCACCUCGAUGUUCAGCCCUUUGCCAGUAAAGAAAUUCACCCUAACAUCUUUAUCCGAUUGGAAUCAGCCAUCCAUGCUUAUCUACUCUGGCUUUUUAAAGACUCCAUUCUGCCAAACUUUUGUUGAAACUGCCAUUUUUUACUCCUCUAAUCGCACACAAUGCAUCACAGCAACUACACUGCCCUCUUCUGGAGGAGUCCUCUCAGUUGUCUGCACAGUAACUCCCAUACUACCCUCACAGAGAGUCUCUCAGGGCAGCCAUAUUGGCAAGGACUGCAGGACCACAUUACCACAGCAGGAUGGUUUAUACCACUGUCAUUUUUAAUAAUCUUGCCGUGCUGUGCAAGAAAUGUCACUAUGACAUUUGAUUUUAUGAUAAAGUUCUAUUUUUAAGUAUUUUGCAAAAUUACACUGUUGUCGAUAUAGUUUAACAAGGUUGCAGCUUUUGCGCUUUCUCUGCAGUUCCUGACAAUAUGGCAGUGUUCUACUAGUACAGCCACAAUCCAAGGUAUCCAUCAUAGCAAUUUAACGUAAACGGAGAUGUUUACUCGUUUACAAAUGUUCAUAAGUUCACUGCAUACUUGUGACUUUGUGGAUUAACAAAAGUUCCUGUCAUCGAAGGCCAUUCUUUGUAUUAACAGUACAGUGUAAUCUAUGGUGUACCACAGUGUGAAUUGACAGCCAUCAAGCCUUUGAGCCAUUAUGCACAUUCAGUAUCUUAUUCUAGAAGGGAAACAAUUGCACAGCACACUAAUGGUGUGUUUGUGUGCGUGGCAUGUUUGCCUUGUGCAUUAGUGAGUGUGUUUUAAAACGGCACAACUCACGAGCUUUGCUCUUUGUAAAUAGUAAGUGUUUUUGUACUUUAAAAAAUGUCUAAAUGAUCAACACUACAAACUUGGUGCACUAAUCUUCUGUGUAACAGUGCAGUGCAACAUUUGCCGUGGCUUAAAGCUGCAGUGAAGAAUAUCUGUAAAAAAAAAAUUGUCAAUGAAAUAAUAGUACAUGUUUUGUAGACAUAUCACUUGAAUUUGUGAAUACACUUGUGGGUGCUCGUGUGUAUGUGCACACUUUAAAUGUGAAUAUUUCUAACGGAGGAAAUUUUGCUCGGAGUGGAAAAGGAGAAGAAGGGACACCUGGACAAAAAGAGAAAUGCCUCCCCACUGCCCCACAUGUAAAUCUUUUUUCUGUUCAGGCAUGUUGUCCAGGCUUCACAUUCUUUAGCAGGAGUUUUGUUUUGUAGUGAAUCAGAUUUGAUUUUCACCAUGGUCAGCCUUUUUCUUUAUUUCUGUUUUACAUCAAUGGGGAAACACUUCUCUGUGGUGUUGAUGAAUCUGCAAUAUGGACAAUGGACGUGUACCACCAACAGGACUUUUGUGGUUUAGCCUCCUUUCCACCACAGGAUAAAGAUCAAAAAAAUUUGGAAAGGGAAAAAAAAAAAACUGAUGGGACAAUGAAACUGAGGAAAGUUCCUCCUUGCCAUGCAGUCACUAAGUAAGACUUGUGUGGAUGUAGUGUAAGAUAACCUAGCUGUCUUUACCAAGUGCAGUAUUGUUGGUUUCAUUUACUUGCAUCCAGUGUCAUAACGCUGACAUAACAGUGUUUAGACGUUGUCAUGACGCCAGUCAACCGCUAAUGUUAUCAUGCGUAAAACGUGGCAUCUAAUGCCACUCUCGAGACAUCGCGAUUCUUGAACGUAGGUGUUUAUGGAUUCUUUUGAUUUUAAUAAAUGUCAUAAAUUACAUUAGCAGGUAGAAAUGUCGUUUUAAACUGGAAAAUGCUAUAAUGCUGUAUCUUUUCUGACUUUGUGACACCCUUAUUCGAUUGGGGUUGCGUGUUGUUUGAAUAAUCUUUUUGUGUAACAAAAGUGGAUGCUGUGUUUGGAUGCAAACAGGAAAGGGCUUGUAUCCCAAACCUUAAAACUCAUGCACAGAUGAGCUUUGACCAUGUAGUGUCAGGCAACCACGAAGAAAAACACUCAUGCACAAAAAGCAACAAUGCAACACUAGACGUUUCACUAAACACAGAAUAUUACAGAAAAAGUCAUUGUUUUUACACGCAACGUAGUGGAUACAAAUGCACCUUACCACUCAAUAGUCACAAUGUAAAAUUGCUCUGAAGUCUUUUUACAGUAUUUACAUGUAUUCAACCACUAACCAUUAUAUAGAGACAAUCCAAAUGUUCGGAUCUAUGAUUCAAUCUGUACCAUAUGAUGCAGUUGCAUGACUGAAGGAAUAUGAGGAAGAAAUAUUCUGCCUUUCUUAACAUUUUCAUAGAGUAACCUUUCUUUCUGUAAAUGUACACAUUUUUUUCCUAGCGUAUUGUUAGCUUUCUAUUGUAUAGACCAUAACAAAUGAGCCUACUCACUCCUUUCUAAAUGUGAAUAAUGAUUCGUCAUAAAUUGAUGUUUUGAUAACAAUUCUUAUGGAUUUUUCAUGUUUUUUAUGUUUUUUUCAUUUGUGAUUUAAGAUGUUGUACAUGUCAGGAAAAUUUGAUUUUCUGAGCCUGGAUUCAAUGUUUUAAUAAUAUAUUAAAAUGAACUUAUCUGGU